AUGGAUUUGGAAUUUUUCGACUCCUCGUCCUCUUUAUCAUCGUCCGAGUCCGACUAUGAAUUUUUAUUUGUUAGCGACGACGAAGUUUAUUUUGAAGACAGAACAAGACCGAAAAAUCAGAAUUAUUUUGAGACUGUAGCAAGAUACAAUGACUUAGAGUUUUUGGAACAGUUCCGUGUUACACGCCACAUUUCAAACAAUUUGACCAUACACUUUGAGGUCAGUCCAGAAUUUAAUGACACAACUGGAGGACAUGGAAAAAUACCUGCCUACAACCAAAUUUUAAUUUUUCUUUGGUUUGCUGGACAUCAGACUGCCUCUUUCUGUGAUGUUGCUGACGGGUUUUGUAUAACAAUAAGCAGCCUGUUCAGAGUUGUGAGACCUCUGACACAUGUUAUAAGCCGUAUGGCUAGUACCAUAAUAACUUGGCCGAAUGAGGAAGAAAAACAGGAAACCAGGAACUUUUUCCAAAUGAAAGGAUUUUCUAAUGUCAUUGGGGCUAUUGAUGGAAAUCAUAUACGUAUUGACAAGCCUUCCUCAGACCCAGAUUCCUAUUAUAAUAGAAAAAAAUAUUUUUCCAUUCAUAUGCAAGCUGUUUGUGACCAUAGAAAUAAAAUAAAAAGUAUAUUUAUCGGGUUUCCUGGGUCAGUCCAUGAUGCCAGAGUUUUUAGGAGGUCACCAUUAGCUACUAACUUGGAAAUUCUAUGUCAGGAGAAUGUAAUUCUUGGAGAUAGUGCUUAUCCUUGCUUACGCAAUCUUACUACACCAUUCAAGGAUAAUGGUAGAUUGAGCCGUCAAUAA